AUGGCGUUUUUUUCCAACAUUCGCCGCUUUCAUCGCCAUAAUGUCUACACGCUUCGGAGCUCCCCGCUCUCUGAGCUCUCGGGUGCGCUGGGCGACUUGGGAACACUGCUGCCUCUGAUGAUCACGCUGGCGGUCAACGGUUCCAUCUCACUGUCGACUACUCUGGUGUUUUCUGGCUUCUAUAAUCUCGUCACGGGUAUAGUAUUUGGGAUACCGCUGCCGGUGCAGCCCAUGAAGGCCAUCGCCGCGGCAGCGAUAGCCUCGCACACAUCGCUUCGGGAGACCAUGGCUGCUGGCAGCGUCACAUCCAUCGUUGUGCUGGUGCUCAGCGUGACAGGUCUUCUUCAGUGGGUGACUCGCGUUAUUCCAGUGCCAGUGAUCAAGGGUAUUCAGUUUGGCGCGGGCCUAUCUCUCAUUAUUUCGGCAGGCACAUCGCUUCUCAGGCCACUGGUCUGGUUUCUGCCUUGGCCUCUGGAUAAUCGCAUAUGGGCUUUGCUUGCAUUCCUGUCCUUGAUCGCGACGCAGAGGCUGCCUCGGUUCCCCUAUGCUCUGAUUGUUUUCCUGGUCGGCAUUAUCCUGGCUUUUGUCAUCCUCACGACUGAUCACUUGGGCCACGGACAACACUAUGCACUUCCCUGGUUCCGAUUUUGGAGUCCCUAUACUGUGAUACCCAACUGGAGUCCUGAUGCCAUUGGCAUGGGGAUAGCGCAGCUGCCUCUGACGACCCUCAACUCCGUCAUCGCCGCGAGUGCCCUCGCGUACGACUUGUUGCCCAACCUACCUAACCCGAGCGUAACGGAGCUUGGUAUCAGCGUGGCACUAAUGAAUUUGCUUGGCUGCUGGUUCGGCGCAAUGCCCGUGUGCCACGGCGCCGGCGGACUGGCAGCGCAGUACCGCUUCGGCGCGCGUAGCGGAGCGAGCAUCAUACUCCUUGGUCUAUUCAAGAUCGUCCUUGGAUUGGUGCUCGGAGAGUCCCUGCUCGGCCUGAUCCAGGCGUUCCCCAAGUCGUUGCUGGGCAUCAUGGUUAUUGCCGCCGGCCUGGAGCUGGCCAAGGUGGGACAGAGUCUGAACCACGGCGCGACGGACCUCUGGGAGUCUAGUAUCGAGCCCAGCGGACGCGUCCACCGAAGGGUCUCGGACGAAGAGCGGCUGGAGAGGUGGACAGUGAUGCUCGUCACCACAGCUGGCAUUCUGGCGUUCAAGAACGAUGCUGUAGGGUUCCUAGCUGGUCUAGCCUGCCAUGGUGCUUACAAGAUUGCGGAAUGGAUUGAGAGAAAGAGGCGGAAUGAUGAGAUGAGACCACUCCUUAAUACUUGA